AACUCUUUCCCAACCGAGCGAAAAAGCAAACCAAUAACGUCACACAGAACAGAGGAAUCGAUUAGGCAAACACUCACAGUCGCAGCCACACCCACAGCCGUAGAGGGAAACCAGCUCUCCGUCGCCGUCCUACAUACAUCAUGGCGGAUGACAAUCAGAAUGAGGUGAAGGACGAGGUGGUAGCAGAUAUUGCCCCCUUUGAUCCUACUAAGAAGAAGAAAAAGAAGAAGGUUGUUAUUCAGGAUACUACUGAUGAUUCUGUGGAAAAGUUGGCUGAGAAAGCGGAAAGCUUGACAGUUUCUGAGGGGCAGGAGAGUACAUUUGCUGGUUUGAAAAAGAAGAAGAAGAAGCCAGUUGAGACCAGUAUCUUGAAUGAAGAGAGUGGCGAUGCAGUGGAAGAUUUAAAUGAGCGCACUGGUGAGGAAGAGGAAGGAGAAGGGAUUGUUCUAGAGACUCCAUCAUAUCCUUGGGAGGGGAGUGAUCGUGACUACACUUAUGAAGAGCUUCUUGACAGGGUGUUUAACAUACUUCGCGAAAAUAACCCGGAUUUGGCUGGAGACAGGCGUAGGACAGUGAUGAGGCCUCCACAAGUUCUUCGUGAGGGCACAAAGAAAACUGUUUUUGUGAAUUUCAUGGAUCUAUGCAAGACGAUGCAUAGGCAGCCAGAUCAUGUCAUGGCAUUCUUGCUUGCCGAGCUGGGAACAAGUGGAUCACUUGAUGGGCAGCAGAGGUUGGUUGUUAAGGGAAGAUUUGCACCAAAGAAUUUUGAAGGAAUACUGCGGCGAUAUGUCAAUGAAUAUGUCAUUUGCCUUGGGUGCAAAAGUCCAGACACUAUACUUUCAAAGGAGAAUCGCCUCUUCUUUCUCAGAUGCGAGAAGUGUGGUUCUGGACGAUCUGUCGCUCCAAUUAAAGCUGGAUUUAUGGCUCGUGUUGGGAGAAGGAAUGCCGGAACAUAAUCUUAGCCUGUUUCGACUCAUUGUUUACUAGCAGUUGUUGAGUUUUGAGUCGCGUGUUUGCUCUCUACAACAGUAACAAGUUCUGUGACGUUCGGGUGUUGAGAAUUUUUUUGCACUGUUUCACAGUUAUAUCUGUGUGUAGUGCUUACUGACCUUUUUAAAAUGUAGCUUUUGCUGAUGGUGCUUAAUUGUUUGCUGUUUAGCAAUAACUCGGAUGUAUGAAAGCUGCUUACAUGUUUGCUGUUUUAGCAAUAACUCCGAUGCAUUAUCUGCUCAA